AUGGAGUUGACCCCCCAGUCUGCUCGUUCACCAACCCCACCAUGCGGAUACGCUUCCAGUCAUCAGCAAGUCUAUGAUUAUCCAUCGCCGGCUCAAAGCGACUCAAGGUAUCAAUCGACCGAUUCUCUCCAAGGCUUAGGACUUUAUUCAUGUCCCAAUUCCGACGCUGAACACGGCGGGACAAAUAUCCCAUCGCCUCCAGCUACCAACACCUGGCCUACGGACAAUCUACAAAAUCUUGAUACCCCCAGGACAGCGCAGUCCACACCCAAUAUCCUAUCCGCAGAGUACGAUCCUUUUGCUCCAUUCCAUCCAGCCCUAUCAGCGGGAUACAACAACGAUAUCUACUCCGCAUAUCCUGCGGAAGUAUCUAUACUUUCUGGCUCACCACUUCCCUCUGGCAACACAUCCCAGCGUUCUUCGUUUUCUUCAGCUCCUACGUCCGAGAUAUUUGCUCAAGCUAUUUCAAACCAUUUGUUUACUUCCCGGGUCAAGAUGGAAGACCACCCUGACUACAUCUCUGGUCAUGAGGGCUUGUUGAUAAGCUCACCGCAACUGAACCACAGCGUUCUUGGGACCUCAAAUAGCUCUUACCCUGGAAGCCUGGGAUUCUACCACGCUCAAAUCUCUAUGGGGUGGCCGAAAGUCGAUUACACAUCCCAGGAGCUCCCUUCGAUCGCAUCACUUCCUCUUCCCCGGCACGACAGACGGUCGGCGAGUGAAGAGAGAACUCACGGUACGCAGCGUCCUAGCACUGUAGUACGCGCUAGGCAACCCCGGAAGCUUACGACCAAGGAAGACGCCAAUUUCCAAUGCAAUUUCAAAGACUGUGGCAAGUUCUUUGGGAGAAGCUACAACUUCAAAGCGCACAUGGAGACUCACGACGCGGGCCGAGAGUACCCUUUCCCGUGUACGAUGAAGGAGUGCAAGAGGAAGUUCGUGAGAAAGACGGAUCUGCAGAGGCACCAGCAGAGUGUGCACAUGAAGCAGAGAAAUCACAAAUGCGACUACUGCAGUAGAUUUUUCGCGAGGAAAGACACUCUCCGAAGACAUAUGGAAGAUGGGUGCUCAAAGCGCUUCGAUAUUGAGACUAUGGAGGUCCAAAGUGAGGGAUAUGGAAAUGGCGAUCAGCACUCAGUCUCCAUGUGA